AUGGAUGGAAGGGAUCAACGGAAAGCUACGCUAAAUCAUUCCUAUCACAAAGAUACGGACGACGAGGACGACGAGCACGACCACACGAACGGCGAACGAACGUCGAACGCAUGGAACGUCCGAUACGAUGACUACGCACAUAUGAUGUAUGCGUAUACGUCGUACACACAUACGGACAUCGGCUGUGUGGCUGAUUCAUGCGUGAGCGCGCAGCCAUAA